GAAGAAUUUCUCGGUGGAUCGCAGUACUGUUUGGUUAAAUAAUGUCUGUGUUACACAACUUAUAAGAUUUAUGAUCAUUGUCGAAUAAUUAUUUUGAAGAGUUCCCUCGAAAAUGACGGAGGAGUGUGGCAAGAGCCAGGGCAUGAAGACCCUCGGAAUCAUUGAUAUUCGGAAAAAUCCGUGUGCUCGGGAAUCUAUUCUCCAUGGUGCAGGUGGAUCACUAGUGGCAGGAUUAGUGCACUUUCUGGCAACAAGUAGAGUAAAGAGGUCGUUUGACAUAGGUGUCGCAGGAUUCAUGCUUACAACACUGGGAUCAUGGUUUUACUGCAGAUAUAAUAAUGCCAAACUACGUGUUCAACAGAGAAUCAUUCAGGACGGCAUAAAGAAUAAAGUCAUGUAUGAAGGGACAAAUUUAGACCCCGCACGCAAAAAUAGGAGGGACGAGUAAUCUGGUCUGAGACCAUAAUAUUGCCUUUACAGUUAAUGAUGUUUUAUUUAUUGCCUGGUUAUAUGAGUGUUUAAUGUUU